UCUACUUCGAAGGCGGAAACUCGGAUUUGGCGGUAUAUAAGCGGCUGAGCGUGGGAUUUUUCUAUCAAUGUGUGUGCCUCCCAAGGUCCGUUCUGUGACGCGGGGGAAUCUGUUUUGACAGCGUGGCGUGGCAGUGACAGAGCCGAGAGACCUCGACCCUCACAACUGCCGGGCUGGGACUGAAACCCAUGCCGCUGCCGCCAGACAGAGCGCUGUCCGCCCUCUGUGGUGCUGAACCUCAGGACCCGACUCUGCGACAGGUGACGUAGAGCUCAUCUAAGAGACUCAAGUGAUAAAAAAGAAGAAGAAAAGAGCAACAGCAAAGCUGCACAAAGACUUUGUGUGUGUGGAUUUGAAGCAGGUUAAAAACAGAAGAAAGUGAAAGCAGAGAGAGGAAGUGAUGGCCGGACUCCCCCCCGCCCUCGGCGUCGCUGCAGCGGUGUGAGCACAGCAGUGCGCUGCCGCCUCGUACCGGAACCCAGCGGAGCCUCCGUAGGAGGAGAGUCAGAGAUAAGUGAGGUACGCUCCGCGACUGUUAGGGGGGAACACAUGUAAUAGCUUGCGGUUCUACAUGAAGCUGCAAAUAUGGGCUGUAUCAGCUCCAAAGCGCCAGUUGUGGCGGUUGACGGUUCGUUGCGCGUGGACUGGAGCGCGGCAAGCUCCCUGUCUGACCUAGCGCUCCUGGGGAGCACGCGGACCUCCUUGGCGCGCAGGCUGAUACUGACAGCACCGUUGGGCGCACUGGACUUCAGCGAGGUGAAUGUUGACGACACCGUUGAAAUGUUACCAAAAUCAAGAAGAGCUCUCACUAUUCAAGAGAUUGCUGCGUUAGCACGAUCCUCCCUGCACGGUAUUUCCCAGGUGGUCAAGGACCAUGUGACGAAGCCUACAGCCAUGGCACAGGGCAGAGUAGCCCAUCUAAUAGAGUGGAAAGGCUGGUGCAAGCCUAUAGACACUACAGCGGCCCUGGAAUCAGACUUCAACUCCUAUUCUGACCUCACUGAAGGAGAGCAGGAGGCACGCUUUGCUGCUGGUGUGGCGGAGCAGUUUGCCAUUGCAGAGGCUAAGCUGAGGGCCUGGUCCUCUGUGGAUGGCGACGAGUCCAAUGAUGACUCAUAUGAUGAAGACUAUCUGCCUGCGAAUGAGCCCACCACACAGAGCACAGAUGUGCCAUCUUAUCCUCCCUACUUGAAGGACCUGAUCCACAGUCAGCUUUGCCAACACCUCGGCUUCCGAAGCCCCUGUUGCGAGAGUCGAGGUGGAGGUGUAGAGGGAGGCGGCAGUGGAGAGCCCUCCCCUACGGCAGGCUCUCCUGACACCCUGUGCUCCAGCCUCUGCAGCCUGGAUGAGCAGCACCCGCUGCUGCGCGACCUGGGAGGCCACCGUGGCACCCACUCCCACAGCAACGCCGCAGAGCUCGCCGCAAAGAUCCUGUCGGCGCUGCACGGACGGGAGGAGCUGCUCCUCGCCCGACUUCAGAGGGUGGGGCAGAGUGGGCCUGGCGGGGGAGACUGUGGCUUCCAAAGCCUGGGUGUGGUAGGGCGGGGCAUCAGGCCCUGUGGGGGUCAGGACUCGCCUUGCUACUCAAUGUCUUAUUCUGACACGUACCUGUCACCAGGCGAGGACGACGACACCCCCUGCAAGGACUAUGACGGCACCGUGUGCCAGGUGGAGGCGGAGCGCAACGGGGUGGAAUACCCACCCAACUAUGACCCUCGCAGGAGGGUAUCCGACGUGGCCUCCUCUGGUGUCGUUUCUCUGGAUGAGGAGGAUGAAGAGGAGGAGGAGGAGGAAGAAGGGAGGGCAGGAGAGCCAAACAACCAGUGACUCCUCUCUUCUCGCCUCAGUGUUGAAUCCCUCCACACCCUCUGAAAGACUCCCCCGCCCCCUUCAUGGCAUCUGAAAAAUGUCACCCUCUGAGCAUGUUGGUUUUUUUUCUGUCUCUCCUUGGACCGAUUAAAUCAUCCGUCUUUGCCUUACUCGCAGCAUUUCCUCAUAACUGCUUUGUCCUCAUCCCACGUCUCCCGUCAGUUUUCCUUUGAAGGCGUCCAAACAAUCUUUUUUCUUAUCAAUGUGAAAGCGGCGAGUGUGCUGGACUUGCCGAAGCAGCCCAGCGACCGACUCGUGGGUAUGACGCUCACAGUUUUCGGCUUUGUUCUGUACCUGCGAAGCAAACAGAUGCCGCUCCGAGGCACACAGAAUGACUGAGAGUCCAAAACUCUGACUUACUAUUUGCAUGUGUUUUGCAAGUGCUGAAAUCAUUGGGCUGACCCGGUCUUGAGCACGAUUUGUAAUCUCAGCUGUUCUGUAUAACCCCCCUCCCUCCCUGCCCAUCUCCCCCCUCCCACCUCAGCGUCUCCCACAGGAGGGCAGGUUGACAUUGCAUCCUGGGACCUGCCCUUCCUCCCUCCCCCCAAACCCCCCUCCUUUGCAAGAGACUAAAUAGCAUCCUUUUUGGGCAUGGCUUGCUGAGUAUGCCAAACUAUUUAUCCCUGUCACUACCAAUUAUGAGCAAAUGCUGGGAAUGUCUUCAAAGUGACAGGACAUAGUAUGUAUUUUAAAAUAACAAAGUUAAAAAAAACAAACAAACAAACAAACAAACAGAUUUGUCACAGAUGAUAUGACAGAAAUGAUAUGCUUUUAUUGUACUAGUUUUCUAUCACUCAGACAGUUGUUGUUCAUAUUAUUCCAAACGUGAUUAUGAUGGGCAUCCGCCAUAAUGAUCAGCUUUGGCUUCUGGAUAUUUUGAGUGAUUCUGUGGAUUCCUGCAGGGAAAACACAAGAAUUUUGGUAGUCCCGAAGUGGCUGUGGGUGUUCAGCAGGAAGCCACGCAGUCUUAAACAGACAGAUAUGUUUUUUUGUUUUUUCCUCUGUGAAGCGAUAAGUUGCAUUGGAGAUUUUUCUAUAUUUUUGUAUGCGUUGUCUUGCUUUGAUCUCUUCGCCUAUGCGGCGUGCCAGUGUAUGUGGUUUUUUGCACGAAGCUAACGUGGCUGUAGAUUUCUCCUUUUCUUUGUUAUCACUGUGUGAUAUAGUCUACUGGGAAACAGACAAACAAAAACAACAUUCAAAUGUGAACAAAAAAAAUAAUUUCAAAGAGGAUACUGUGAUACGGUUUGUUAUCGCCAUUUGUCAUGAUCCUCGUGAAGAGCUUGUUUUUUUCUCUCCCUUCUUCCUUUUUUUCUUUCUAAAAACCGUCUUCGCUCUCUUCUCUCAUGCUGACUCUCGGAAAGCUUUGCCUUUUAUUCUCGACUUUCUCUUCUUUUUCUACGAUGCUUGGCAAAAGGGCAUGUUUAUGUGACACGUUGCAGAAUCUCCUGUCUCCAUUGUGACGUCAGGAGUCCUGUUGAGGUUCUCCCAGAGGGACUGUCAUUCAUACAACUCAGGAAAUCCCAUCGGGCCAGAGCAUCGAUGCAUCCCGCCCCCGCUCGCAUCACACCGCUCAGCUCUCAUCCCCCGCCUGCUCCUGUGUGUGUGUGUGUGCUUUGUAUGUGAGAAAAAGCCCAGUGCGCAUACUCAAUUUCUACAAAUAAUUAAAGCACAGAAUCAGUCCCCACAUCCCUUAAUUUAUUUUGUUCGACUGUUUAAAAAAGCCUCACUGUGCUACUCUGUAAGUUUUUGCACAGGUGUGUGGGUGUGUUAUUGUGUGUAUGUGUGUCUGUAUUGUAAGAUGUCAGCAAGCACUUUAAGCUUGCACCGUAUAUUCAUUCCAAAACCCCUUCAAUGCAGCAAUUCCCUUUAAAACAGUGUCUGGUGUAGCUGGGAGCUGGACAGAGGUUUGACUUCUACCAGUGUGGGAGAUUAAAAGAAACAAAAAACAUAAUGGUGCAUAAAAUGAAAAAAAAAAAUUAAGCAAAAAGUGGCGAUAAAGCUAAAUCGUCUGAAUUCUAAUCAAAACUAUGUGAAAAUGAGGAGGAGCAUUUGAAAAGAUUGUGACAACUCAGGGGGAACCAUUGAAGCUGUGCCUUUCAUUUGACCUCCCAUGUUUCAUCAUCAUCGCCAUAAUCAAAUCUACGAUGUCACUCAGGCCGUAGCUUGGCCUCCUUACCCACCUUUGCUUUAAAAAAAACAAUAUGAGUGAGAGCAGAGUAAAAAUCCUGAGUUGGAGUUGGACGGUGAGAGCAAAGAUCCUGUUGCAUCUCCUCUGUGUCCGCCUGCUGUAGCUGGAGGUUACAGCCAGCCCAUUUGCGUCAUUGUCCUUUUGGUUGACAUUAAAAGCUAGGUGAUGCUGGCAAAGCGAGGUUGUGCUUUUGUCUGGGUGUCGUGACGCGAGUGUGCCAUUGUCCACCCCCCACCCUGAAACCCCCUCCUUUUUUCCUCUAUUUAUCUUCUCACUUUGUCCGCCACUGUGCACGCGUUCUCCCUGUGUGUGUGUCUCUAAGCGUCCUCACCUUCCCUCUGUGUGUGGCUGUGUGUGUGUGAGACUGAAGGUGAUGCAUUUUUCAUUCACCCAGCUGUCUUAUUCUGUCUCACACACAUCCACACAAGUGUGUUUUAUUAUUAGAGACUUCAGUCAUUAACCUUUUCCUGUGUAGAAGUGGCAUUUUUCUGAAUUUCUUCAUCUUUUCUGUCCUCCUGGGAGUGUUUUCUCCAUAUAAAAAGUAAAAAAAGUAGCAGAUUUCCCACUGACACACACGCAGACAGCCUGAUGAAUGUGUCCCGUUUCCAUCCUGCUGUAGCCGUCCUGUCAUUUCCUGUCUCCUCUCCUCUCUUCCCACCUUCCUUUUGUCCCUUUCCCCCCCUCCCCAUUCUCUCUCUCUCGCCCUCCAUCUAUCCCCACAGGGGUGUCAUUACGUAACUAAGAGGACAUCUGAGUGCCACCUUUGCCGACAGGCAAUUAGCUAGCGAUUAUAAAACCGCCUGGUGAUCAGGAGAUGCGUCUCUCUCCUGUCUGUCGUUUUCCCCUUCACUCUGUCGUCACCCUCCCCACACUGGCUCUCCUCACCACCACCACAACCUGUUUUCUAAGUGACAUCUUUCGAGGUUGGCUGUCCCAGAAAACUCCUCACAGUUUUUUUUACUUCCACGCUCUCUGUUUUGAAGUGAACAAUAUUUUGUGGGCCACUAACAAAAGACCACUCUGCUGUCUCUGAGUCUGACAGAUGUCUUUGCAGUGAAACAUAUUCCUCUGUGUGUGUGCGUGUGUCUCUGGGCAGUGUGUUUUCGUUUGUUGCUUCAGGCAAGCACUGACAUUGGAUACUUAUUAGAGAGAAGUGUUCCAGAUUCUGUGUGUACGUGUGUGAUAGUGGCGGGAGAACCCAGCGCUAUAAAAAGACA